AUGAUAAUAUCAAAUUGUUUCGCUAAACAAGAUCCACCACGAAUUCUUCAUGGUAUAUUUUCUGAUUCUAAUACAACACAAGUUUACUAUGGAUCACUCAAUUUUGAUACAGAAAAUUUUGAUAUUUUCAAUUCAUUAAAUAUUAACGAUAUUGGCAAUCCUCAACGUAUAAAAUAUGCUGUUUUACCAUUAACAUAUGAUCCAAAUGAUGAUGUUAUUUAUAUGGCAGCACCAAAUAAUGAUAAUAGACCUAUCUUAAGUGUUAUUAAUGCAACAACUGGAAUUUUAAUAUCAGCAUUUAAAUCAAUAUCGAAUACAAUUAUUUCUCUUCAAUUUGAUAUAUUUCAAAAACAAUUAUUUGCACAUAUUGAAACUGAGAAGGACAAUGUAACAUUAUUGGCGGAAAUUGAUAUAAAUAAUGGAAAUAUUAAACAAGUUUUAGCAACAAUUCGAGAUAGUAAACCAACUCAUAUAUCAAGUUAUUGUCCAAUUUGUAGAAAAUAUUUUCUUAUCAUGAUUGAAGAUCAAUCUUUUGUAUAUACUGGUGUUAAUACAAGUAAUCAAGGUGGUGUAGAUUGGAAAGCAAAACUUAAUUAUUCACCUAUUAGUAUGAAAUUUGAUUAUAAAACAUUUACAAUGUAUACAACAUAUGUAAAUACAUCUAUUCGAUAUGUUUCUUCAGUUGGAAUUUUAGAUCGAACAUCAGGCGGAAUUAGUAAAAAUGUUGGAAUAAUUUCUGAAAGUCCAGAUGUUGGAAUUACUUCACUUUCAGCAUUUGAUAUUACGGAAAAGAUAUAUUAUGCAUCAAUUACAUUAGAUUCCGUUUUUCCUCGAGGUAUUUCUUAUGUUAAUGUAGAGAACUCACGAUCGGGCUUAAGUUUUUUUCCGAAAACACAAUAUAAUUCACAUGUUUGGUUUGUAAAACAAUUCGUUCAUUGA